AUUGUAAAAUUUGUAUAAGAAAAGAAAAUAGAUAUAUAUUCAAAAAUUUUAAUGUGUAAAGAAUAGUGUCGUUGUGAGAUCAAAGUAUGAGUGCUGAACAGGAUGAGGAUGUAAAUCAUGAAUUGAAUAGUCAAAAAACUGAAGUCGACAAUAAUAUUGCGUCUUCAAGUGUUCUUGUGACAAAAAUUCAAAACUCCGGAAAAAGUAAUGGGAAACAAAUCCGAAGUUGUGGAACAAAAAUUGGUGUGAAUAUUGAUCAGGCUUUGGGGGAAAUGGUUUCGGCUAUUGAGCAAGAAGAUGAGACGACAGUCCGACGUAAUAAUGGGAAAGCAAAAAAAGCAAUAAACGAAAGUGAUAAUAUUAACGACAAGCAGAUGUCCCUAGUUAUGAAUUUGGAAGCAAAUGUUUUGUCUUCAACGACUAUGAAUGAAACGACCGAUCAGUGUUGUGGAGUUUGUUCUGAAAUACCAGUUGAAGGUAAAUCUGAGUACGUUGCAAAUGGCAAUAUAGAUGCUAACCUGUCGCCAUUAGGUGAAGAAAAUAUCGUUUUAAAAACAGUAGCUAAUCCAAAUCUGCCCGUGGUCCUUGUGAACCGCUUAUCUUCUUCCGCACUGAAUGAACUACUUACAUGUGACGAUAAUGCUUUGAAUAACGGUGAUGCUGCUUCCAAGGAUGAAGCAAGUAUGGAAGGAAAUAUUGUUUCUAAUAUGUCCCAAGAAGAAGACAUACCUUUUGUAGAAGCUGUUCUAGAAACAUCGCCCCAAGCUAGCAUAAUACCAAAUUGCUCGACCGAGAUAAGACGGUUAUCAUCUGAAUUAAAUCAAGAUUUAAUAGCCGAAGAAGCUGGAAUAACCGAUAAUUCUGUUAAUGGAAACCCGGACUCAUUAGUCACGCACGAACGGAAUAACGGUAGAAGUCCCUUUACUCUCGAAAGGCGAUCAUCUACGACAGAUUUAGAUAACGUUGAACAAAAUCAGGAGAGUUCAUCAGAACCAUCAACUGAUAGCAAUCUCUCCGGCGGAGAAAAUCGUAAUUCGUCUGAGGGUAUUGCAAAUCAUGUCUUGAAUGACAUUGUCUCUGCGGCAAUGGAUGAAAGCAAUAAUUUGGAAACUAGAAUGAAUACCAGUUUGCCUGUUGUUCUAGUUAGACGUUUAUCCCCUUCCGCAAUAAAUGAAAUACUUAACCGUGACAGUAACAAUACUUAUGAAUUAGAUAAUGGUGAUGAUGUUUCUAUGGUUGAAUCAGACAAUGAAAGCUUUGAUGUAGGCCGACUUUUGGCCGAAGAAAGUUUUGACUUAUCGAGAAUGUUCGACGGUACGGAUUCGGAUACGGACACUGUGCUAUCUUCACUGGUUGGACAAGUUGUCCCUCGUGAACGUCCACCAUCUUCAGAAAUUGACCCAGAUAUAGAUAGAUAUCGCGAUGAAGAAAUGUACCAAAAUAUAAAUGUAAACGUUCGUAACCAAAACGAAGAAGAGUCAACAAUCCAUGAAGCGAAUGAUGGUGCGGCUGCGAUUAGUGAAGAAGACAGGGAAGAGGAAGAAAUGGCGGUAGGGGAUGAAGCCGAAUCCUCAUUUGCUUUUCCGAACAUAACAAGUAGUGAGGAUAAUGAUGACGAAAACAUAGAAGACGAAAGCAGCCAUGAUGAAGAUGGUUGGUCAAUAAAUGCUGAUGUUUCAGUUUCAGCACGACCAAUUAAUUACGAUGCCACAUUUAGACAGCUAAUAGAUCAAACUAGACGCAGCAUCGCUUAUGCGGCAGCGUCAAUUCAGCCGUCCUCGAAUGGACCUUCCGAGCUAGUGCGGCGCGAUAGUUUCAUGCAAAGAUUCAGACGAGUUCUUUUUAUACUUAGUAGUCGGCAACGUCGUUUGAUUCGUUUAGGAUUGGCAUCUCCAGAUGUUGAGAACCCAGAAGGUGAGGCUGGAGCAGAGGAAUUAAAUGAUGGUCCAAAUAACGCCGCUCUGGAGCGUAUCGUCCAAAAUUUAGGAUUAGACUUAGAUCAUUUAAAUGACAUCGAGCAACUAACAGCCUCUGCUGCAAUGUCAUCACAACAUCGACAGGAGGAGAUCCCGGAAAAUGCUGUUAGAUUUGAUACGAAUUUGCCAGCCGAACAUUCGUACAUGGGUUCCAAUAUGAAUCGAGUAUCUGGGGUUAAUUAUCUUGAAGUGGAUCAGCAUUACAAUAUGACUCUGUUCAUGCACCAACAUAUUUUAUUCCCAGGCGAAAUUCUGCCCUUUAUGAUCUCUGGUUCAAUUAUUGAUGGCGAUAUAGACACCCAAAACGGUUUCCUCUUUGGUGUAUGCUUUCCUGUCUUAGAACUUAGAGCUGAAAAUCUUUAUGGCGUAACCUGCCAAAUCUACGAAAAAGGCACCGACGAACGCGGCAACACUCUAAUCAAAUCUAGAGCAUUGCAAAGAUUUGCGAUUAAAACAGACGAUCUUUUUGGGCCUUUGGAGUACAUAAAUGAUCAUCCGAUGAUGAAAUGUUAUGGCAAUGUCAAAAUAUUGCCUGAUAUUUACUUGCCUGAACCAUUGAAAUGCAUUAACAUGGGAUCUAUGAGCCGUUUUCGCGACAAUGCUUCUAUGAAAUCAUUAUAUAAACGUUAUCAGAUAGCUAGUGCUCCUUGGCCAGCGCAUAUAUAUGAUCAGUACAGUAUCGCAUCAAUAAUUGAAAAGGCCCGAACUCAAUUGGCAGCACAUAAAAUACAUACCAUGCCAACCGAUCCUACUCAAUUAUCGUACUGGCUGGUGCGUAAUCUUCAUCUAUCAGAGAAUCUAAUGCAUUCGAUUUUCCUGACAAAUUCGGUCAAUACAAGACUUCGAAUGAUUGCCAAUACCUUUAAAGAGGAAUAUAUAUUCAGCUGCCGUUAUUGUAGUAGUCACAUCGCAAAUUGUCGUGAAUUGUUUGCUAUGUCCAAACACGGUGUACAAACGCAAUAUUGUAAUUCUGCUGGUUACGUACAUGAAACUAAUACCCUUUAUCAAGUUAACAAUCAAGCCAUACUUUACAGUGGGGCACCCUCGGCUGAAUUUAGUUGGUUCCCCGGCUAUCAAUGGCAUAGUAUUGUGUGUAAGGUUUGUAAGCAUCAUCUUGGCUGGGAAUUCAAGGCUGUUGAACCGAAUCUUGUCCCAAAGCAAUUCUUUGGUAUUUCUAGCUCUAGCGUACGAGUUAGACCCACUCAAUCUGGACGCAAUGAAUCCCGCAUACGUUCUAUUAUGCGUUUGAAUACGAUGCCCAUGAUUGGUGGCGACAAUGACAGAGAUGCAAGCGCCGGUGGUGGAGAUACUGAAUGAAUAUGGUGGCGCACAGUGAAACAUUUUUUCUGUAAGUGUUGGUCUUGCUGUUGUAGAGGCUGUUAAAUACUUCUCGUCAACCACUCAGCUACAGUAACCAUAUUGUAAUAUAGAUUCAACAAGAGCAUGGACUACAUUUUUUUUUUGUUUCUUUUUAAUUUCUUUAUAUUAUUUUCAAUGUGAAAAUGAAAAUCAUGUUUCACAUGUGCUUCACCCCGAAAACGCAUAAUCUCUUUCGGUUAGGGGGCAAAAGGGACGGAUUGGCUAAAUUGAUUUAUGUCAAGUUAAUCAACAACAGGUCUUGAAAACUUUUAUUAUUUAAAAUUAAUUUCAUAUUUCUGCAUUCAAGGAUAUUAACAUAAACGUUUUUAUAAGAGUUCAUGUUUCUCCACCUUAUUAUACAAAAUGGUAUUUUGAAUUGAAUUCAUUUUUAUCCCCUGGAAAUUAAGAUGAAAUCAUAUAAAUUUGAAAAGGAGCGUUGUGGGCACAAGCCACGAAAAUCG